AUAAGCAACUGAACAUUUUUUCAAGCCAAAUGGCAGUUGGCCAAUUGUUGGCCAAUUUAGUCUGCGUUUGAGCAGCACUGCGUACGGUACACAUUAUUUGAGCGGUGUUUAGGUUUCCAGUGAAUUGCUUAACAAGAAAUGAUAAUACAAUUUAAUAAAAUCGUUAAUAUAAAGAAAAAAACAGAAAAAUGCUUGUUAACAGUGUGGAGAAGUGUUAAAUAAAAUUCUCACAAAAAUACAAAAACACAGUGCAAUAACCAGUCAAGUGAAACGAAUAGCUGCUAAAAGCAACAACAGGAAGGGAUUUAGGAGAAAAGCAAGCAAUACCAGCAGUAGCAACGAAAGACUGAAGUAGCGAACUUGGAUUUGAAAUACUCAUACCGUAUCUACAAAAGGGUGCUGCUCAUUUGAAAAAAAUUUCAGACAUCAAACUACAGACAUGAAAAGAGCCAGGCGAUGGCAGCUCAUAACGGCGUCUCUGUUUAUGCUGGUCACAAAUACAGUAGCAGUGGCGCCGUUCAAAAAAGUUUCAAUUGCCACAACAUCUGCGACGUCGACAACAACAACUAACACAACAACGGAAGCGCCCAGCAGUGAGACAAAUUCGGAUAACUCAUCGGGCACAACGAAAAAUCCCAAGUUGACUGGCAUCCCACAAAUCGACUACAUCUGGGAUCCAAACCUUCCACGCGAGCUGAGAGGUUAUAACCUUUCGAGCUACCCAUUUUUCUCAACUGUACCGCCUGAGGACGACAUUCACUUCAAAUGUGAUGGUCUGCAUGAUGGCUUCUACGCUUCCAUUGAACAUAAAUGUCAGGUAUAUCAUCACUGUGUCUAUGGCAUCCGACACGAUUUCCUCUGUGCCAAUUUUACGGCAUUCGAUCAGCGAACUUUUAUUUGUCACUUCGUUUCCGAUGUCGAUUGCGAGGGUUCAAAAAAUUAUUGGAACAGAAAUGAUGAUCUUUAUAUGGCUACGACAACAACAACGACGUCUACAACCACUACAGAACCACCACCAACUCCACGCAGACGGCUGGUAAGACCGUUGAGACCAUUGCGGCGUCCGAUAAAUCGUCGGCCGAUAGAUGAUUAUUACUAUGAUGAUGAGGAAGAAACAGUAGCUGCUUAUGAAGAUGAUUACUAUGAAGAGCGCUUGAAUCGUCGUCGCAAACCCAGACCACGGCAACGAAAACCAGCACCUGAGUAUGAAGAAGACUACAGCGACGAUAAGCCAAGGCGUCACAAUCCCCGUGAUCGUUUCCGUGAUGAUGAGGAACUAGAAGAUGAGUAUGAUUCUGAUCGGCGCAAAUAUGACCGACCUAAUACACGGCACAAACCGGCUGACCGGCGCAAGAGUGGAAGUCGUAAAACUACUCCGACUGCUGGACGUUUAGGUGGUGAUGAGCGUCGCAGUUUCAACGAUGAUCGCGCCCAGUCGGGUCGAAAAGACAAAGCGCGUAUUACUCCGUCUUCAGAUUCAAUCGAAGCUUCAGAUUCACCUCCACGUCGUCUUACUGGAAGACGUCGCAUUAAUGAAAAACGACCAUCCCCAUCCGGUGUUGAUGAAAUAGAUGAAUACGAAAAACCCCAAGUGCAUGCACCAGAUCAAGAGGAGGCUGCUGAGGAAGAAGCGCCUCCUAAAGUUAAGACUACGCCCAAGCCAUUAGAGGAAUUUAUAACGCCCAAGGCCGGUAGUGGCUCCGUUUACGCACGUCCACGUGCACCCCCACGAAUUGCACGCCCUGUUCCACUUAACGAGAAGAAGAAGUUCCAGUAUCCUGUACAGAAAACAGGCACCACAACCAGGCCUGAAAUUACGCAUGCGGUUGAUGCCGAUUACUAUGAAGAUGAGGCCUACGAUGAUAUGCAUUCACAACGCGCCCACCCACGAAGGCGUGUUGUCGAAAGUAAGUUUGAUGACGAAGAAGAAGUACCUAGCUCGAGAAGGCGUAAUCAAAAUGACACGCCUUUAAUCAAGAAACCUUCACGAACAACCAUUCGUCGCCCAACAACUGAGAAGAAGCAUGUGGCAAUCGCAGAAGAGGAUGAUUAUGAUAGUAGCAGUGGGAUAUCUGAUGAGCCUGUGGAUAGUCACACUAGCAGCCGUCGACGACCUUUCACCACUCGCAACCGUGGCUCUUUUGGUCCCCCCGUUGGCCGCGGUACUGACGAUGUAGACUUUGUGGAUGAUGACUACGAAGAGCGACCACUGCGUCCGGUUCAUAGGCUGCGGCCAAAAGUGGCAGCUCGUAAGGGAACCAAGAAGCCGCGUCGCCCAAUAGAAGAAGAUGUAUAUGAACAAGAACCUGAACCCCAACCACUGAGUCGCCCUAACGCCAAUCGCCCUAGGGCAAAAAUCAACACCCGUUCGCGGCAAUCCUCAACUACGACGACAUCAACAACGGCCGGUCCACACGAGGAUGAGGAAGAUGUAGAGCCAGAGGAAGUGGGGGAAGAACCAUCGGUACCCGCCGCACUAAGCAGGGGCUCUGUCCACGCACAUUCAGGACGCACAGCAACGGUACGUGUUGUCAAGCGACCAUUCUUGCCUUCUCGCGGUGGCAGUCCCUAUCUACCACGUGGCCUACAACCGGUUGGUGUGGCUCUUAAACCACUCAGCACACACACAACGGACAGCACUCCCCUCGACAUGGGAUCCACAAUAUCAGGUGUGCGCCUCCUCGAGCAUGGUGCACCGAUAUUGCGUGAUUCUGGCAGCGGUUCAGCCCCCACAUCAGUUCAUUCAUAUCUACAUGACUCAAAUGUCUAUGACCGGGAAAGGGAAAGUGAAUUGCAAACAGCACAGAUCCAUCGCACCACCUUGCCACCGCGAAGUGCAUUACCAAUGUUACAGGCUCGGCCAGAACCACAACCCAAAAUCACUUUGGACGAGCUCUACGAAAACGACUAUGACGUCACAUUAAACGACGCACUCAACCCGACGCUUAAACCGCUUACGCCGCAUCACAGCAAUCAUCCAAAUCACAAUAGCGCUUUCGAGAAUGCAUAUGCUUCAGAUCCGGGCGUCAGUACAUUUGUCAAUAACAAUAAGUCACCAAAACUUUUUCACAAUAACAACAAUCAAUACCAACAACAGCAACAUCAAAAUAAGCAUCAGCAAAAUUCCUAUCAAACUAAACCGCAAACCUCGCUUAGUCAAUCCCAAACUCAUUUUGAAUCACAUCAAACAUCAAAAUCAUUGCAAUCUCAAAUGCACCAUCAAACCGAACAUUUACUCGCACAACAAACAAGACAGCAACAACAACCACAAUCACAACAGCAACAACAACAAAGCUCUUAUAAAGACUACAAUAGUGAUGAUUCAUAUUUUUCACCAACAGAUAUCCGACGGCGCGCGGUCGUUGCAGCGCCACAACCGUAUUCCAGUCGAACGGACUACAGGGGCGUCGGUAUGAGAAUAGCCCAGCAUUUCUAUGAUGAUUUGGAAUACUAAAGGUCUCUGUAAAAUGUAAAUAGGUGUAUUUGAAAACAGCCACACUUCCCAGCAGCACACACACAAACACACAGCACACGCAGGUCCGCUUGAUAACAACAGGCAUGUAUGUAUAUUUCACAUCCGAACACAUCAGGAGAUAGUUCCAGAAAUUGUGUAUUAAAGAAAACACUACAUUCACGGCAUUAUUCAAAAAGUAAAACAUAGAUAAGAAAUUAAAGGAAAGUAAAGUGGAGCUUGCAGAUUGGACAAGAAGUAAAGUAUGUGUGCAAUGUUAAGUUUUAGUUUAAAAUAUCAGAAAGUUAAGCUAAAAGUUUAUAAUAUUGAAAUACUCAAUUUUCGUGAUAGCAAAAGACAAAAGACAGAAUUCUUUUAAUUUUGUCAUUAAAUAAAAUGAUUUUUUGUGUAUACAGUUUCUUUAAUUUUUAUUUUUAUUAUUACUAUCAAGGCGAAUUUAUAAAUUAUAUAUGAAUUCGCCUUGACUAUUAUGGUACCCAGUAAAUCCAUUCAAAGUUGUAUGGUUUCCUAGCGAUUUCGACUAGUUUUGUUUUCCGGAUUAUCUUAUUACGUAAUGUAUACUUUGUAAAUUAUUUUGUACAAUUAUAACACAUUGGAAAACGCUAUUUUAAACGUAUUUUAAGCUUAAAAUACUACAUUCCGAGAGUUACAAAUUACAAGCAUUGCCUUGUGUACACUAAUUAUUUUAAAAUUAAUAUUCUAUGUUGAGAAUUUCUAAAUUACAUGGUGAAAUUUUAACAAUAAGAAACUAAUGUUAACAUAUAUGUAUGUACACGCAUUGCGCUGAUGAAAAGGCGAAAUGUAUUAAAAAGCAAUAAAUAAAAAUAAUGAUAUCUAUGUAUAA